AUUUUCUAAAAAAUAAUAAACCUUUACAUAAAAAUUCUAAAACAGAUCUUCGUGAACAAUUUUUCGAAAUAAUUGACUGAAAAGCCAAGCGUACGAAUCUAUUAACGUAAAUAAUUAUGCUUUCUAUUAAAAUUUGCAAAUUUACGACUACAAAUAUCACUUAAAGAUGAACAAAUUUACAUUAAAAAUAAUAAUAGGAGGAAUCCAAUGUAUUUCAUCAUUUUGAAGAGUACGUUUGUAGUAUUAGAGAUAAACUGAUACUUUCAUUCAUUUCGCUUACGUAAGCAAUGUGUGAUACGUCACACCGUACAUAUGUAAGUAAGAUCGUUCCGGUGCGGCAGCAGUCGGCCGUCAAAUCUCGGUGCGUGAUGUAGUGUAUUUUUAUUAUAUAACUGCCAGCUUAACCAAAUAAUAAGUGGAUUGUGUAAAGAUAAAAAAUUGAUUUUGAUGUACAAGGACAACUAACAGUAAAAUAGUUUUAUAUUAAUAUGGUAUACCUAAUCGUUUUAUCGGUGAUUGCGGGCGCUUUAGGCAUUUAUUAUUUCCUUCUGAAGGAUCUUAAUAUUUUUAAAAAGCAUGGAAUACCGCAUAUCAAGCCACUUCCUCUAUUGGGCAAUUCGGCUCCAAUGCUUUUACGGCGCCAAUCACCAGCCGAUUUUAUCAAAUUGAUAUAUAAUUUAAAUCCUGACGCCAAGUAUGUCGGCAUAUAUGAUUUAACCAAACCGACGACCGUGAUUCGCGACCCCGAGCUUAUUAAAUCUGUUACGCUGAAACAUUUCGAUACGUUUAUGGAUCAUGUAGGCUUUGUUGAAGAAACUCAAGAUCCAUUAUUCGGCAAAAAUCUCUUUUCUCUUCGCGGGGAAAGAUGGCGGCAAAUGCGGUCUUUAUUGAGCCCUGCUUUCACGUCCAGCAAAAUGAAAACUAUGUUUAAGCUAAUGUCAGACUACGGCGCUAAAUUUGGCAAUUAUUUGGCACAAUUACCACCCGAGCAGAGGACGAUGGAAACGAAGAACGUUUUUACUAGAUAUACCAAUGACGUAAUCGCCACCUGUGCUUUUGGCGUCACCGUUGAUUCCAUGAGAAAUCCAAAAAAUGAAUUUUAUGUGUACGGCAAAGAAGCAACCAACUUUGACGGCAUCGUUAUCCUCAAGUUUUUCAUAUUUAGAAUUUUCCCUUGGCUGGCACGAAUACUUCGAUUGAGAUUAUUUCGUGAAAAAAUGGCAAGUUUCUUCAGAGACCUUGUGAAAGAUACGAUAAAAACCAGGGAUGAGAAAGGUAUCGUUCGACCAGAUAUGCUACAGUUAAUGAUGGACAACAGAGGUACGGAAAGCAAAACACAACUGAACAUCGAAGAUAUGGUGUCACAAGCGUUUAUUUUCUUCUUCGGCGGCUUUGAAAGCACUUCGACUUUAAUGUGCUUUGCCGCACAUGAAAUUGCAAUGAAUCGAGAUAUACAAGAAAGACUUCAAAAUGAAAUUGAUCAAGUCUUGGAAAAGACGAAUGGACAAGCACCUUACGAAGCGGUAAACAAUAUGGAAUACUUAGAUGCUGUCAUCAACGAGGCUCUCAGAAUAUAUCCGGUUUCUGUGGCAUUAGACAGAAUAUGCAUAAAAGACUUUGAACUACCACCUACCUUACCAGGAAUAAAACCCUAUACUAUAAAAAAAGGACAAGGCAUAUGGAUACCAGUUUAUGGACUUCAUCAUGAUCCUAAAUAUUUCGAGGAGCCGGAAAAAUUCGAUCCAGAGCGGUUUCUUGGAGAGCGAAAGAAUGAGUCUCUUCAUUGCGGAGCUUAUCUGCCUUUCGGCUCGGGUCCUAGAAUGUGUAUAGGUAAUAGAUUCGCAUUGUUAGAAACGAAGGUUCUUCUCUUUCAUCUGCUGGCACGUUGUGACCUAAAACCUUGCGAGAAGACACCGAUACCGCUCAUAAUCGGUAAAAAUCCUUUUAAUAUUCAACCUGAAGGAGGCUUCUGGUUAAGCGUAACACCAAGACAAAAACCGCAUAAGACUGUCGUAAUUAAUGAGACGCACUAGUCGUAAGCAUAUUGCAUUACUUUUUAAUCAUAUCUUGUAAAUUUAAAAAUACAAAUAAACACAAACAUUUUUUACUA